AUGCAGCCACCGCUGGAGAAUGAGUCCAGUGUCUUAGUAUUUACACUCUCUGGUCUGAAUGAAACAAUGGAAAACAGAUAUGUGAUUUUUUCUUUAACAGCACUGUUUUAUCCCCUAAUGGUGUUGUGUAAUCUAAUUGUAAUUUUCACUAUAAUAUCACAAAACACACUUCAUGAGCCAAUGUAUGUUUUUAUAUGUAAUUUGUGUAUAAACGCACUUUAUGGCACUGCUGGAUUCUACCCUAAAUUUAUGUAUGAUUUAUUAGCUGAAGAUCAUGUGAUUUCUUAUGUUGGAUGUAUGAUUCAGAUAUUUGUUAUUUAUUCAUCUGUUUUAUGUGACCUUUCAACAUUAACAGUGAUGGCAUAUGAUAGAUAUGUGGCAAUAUGUAGACCACUGGAGUAUCAUUCAAUAAUGACCAACCAGAGAGUUCUUGAAUGGAUCCUUUUCUGCUGGCUGACUCCAAUUUUUUGCAUGUCUGUUCUAAUUGUAUUAACAGCUAGACUCACUUUAUGUGGCUCUACUAUUGAAAAGUUGUAUUGUGAGAUUUGGGCAGUUGCAAAACUUUCGUGUUUUUCUACAACAGUAAAUAACGUGUUUGGGUACAUUGUUAUUAUGGGAUACUUUGGACAUGCAGUAUUGAUAUAUUGCUCAUAUAUUCAAUUGAUUAGAAUGUGCAUAAAGUCAAUAGAGGUCAGGCACAAAUUCAUGCAAACAUGUGUGCCACAUCUGCUCUCAUUGUUCAUUGUGGCUAUUGCAUUGUUUUUUGAUGUACUGUACAGUCGUUAUGGCUCAAAGAAUGUGCCACAAGGUGUGCGCAAUUUCAUGGCAUUGGAAUUCCUACUCAUAACACCCAUUUUAAACCCCCUUAUUUAUGGACUAAAUCUGUCAACAGUACGGCAACAGCUUAUUAGAUUGUUUUUCAAGAAACAAGUGGGAAUAGCUGAGUGA